CGUUAUACACAACGUUUUGUUUACAACGUGUGAAUAUCCAUGACCUUAUUUUGGAAGCGGUACUCCGUAAUACCGUUAGACGGGGCGCGUGGCCACCUGAGCGCCCGAGAGAGAGUGCCGCGAGGGCCGCGUUCAACCCCUCCUCUCGCGAUUUUCCUGGCGGUGGAGGAAGGAGCCGGGAGCGGGAGUGAUUUGGUGACGGCACAUGGAGGGGAUCCCGCAUCAUGGUGGGGAUGCGACGCGUGAUGGACGCACAGCCGGUCAAAAGGACUGGUAGGGGUGAACAACCUUCGAUUUCUGUCUGGUAUCGCCUACGAAUUGCGGGAUUCCCUCUUGAUGCUAUGAAUUGAAAUAUUCUUUAUUUAUUUGUAAUUGCGUAACUGAAAACUUAUCGGCCAUAUUUGUUGCGACUCCUUUGUCUGAGAAUACGAGAGAAAAAUUUUAACCCUCCGAUAUGACUGCCAAAACGCCUAUGAUAAGUCUAUAUAGUUUUAUCUAUCGUUUCUAUUGUAUGAAUGAAGAUACGUAGCUGAAAUCGUCCCACGUUUUAUGGGGUCAAUGACACAAUAAACUUGUAUGACCUUAUUAAACUUUCUAUUGCCAAAAUAACCGUUAUCGGUACUAACUUUCAAGUUUCAAGGUAUAACAAUUAACAAAGUGAAUGGUUUUAUACAUAAGUUGGUAAAAAUAUGACUUGCCUAAUUGCGAAUUUAAACUUUAAACUUAAUGAUAGGGUCCAUGCAAGUGGUAGGAUAGGUUCAGUCUGCAACAAGAUGAUUACCCAACAGCUCGCUUCCCACAGCUAUUGAACCACAACCACACCUCACAGUCUUGUGAAAGUACAGCAAAGAGAAAGUGAGCAUCACGCUAGAGCUACAUGUGCAUACAUACACACACCAAUUGUCUGUCAGUAUGUAUAACAAACUCGUCGGUUGACUAUCGAGCCUGCAUAAAAAACUUUCUUUAACCCACUUUCUUAUUAGUAGUAGUUGGCGAUCAUCUUUCGCCUCUCACCGUGGCUGAAUUAAUUUUAGUGUAGUGCCGUGUUUGGUGGUCGGUAGAGGUAUGUGCCCUACCAUCGAGGUCCCAGUGUAGUCCCGUGCGCUCUGGCGGCGGUGGUGGGACUUUGGGACGUGGGGAUACGCGUUGCCAUAGUGACUCAAGUGUGACAGUGAAUUUUAUUUUUAUUUUUUUCCCGCUUCGGCGGCGAAGCGCGGAGGGUAACAACAAUGUGCGACAUGCAGAAGAUGCCCACUAGAGAGGAUGCCUCUUGUGAGGAGGAGUCCGACAUGAAUUUUGCCACAUUCUCAGCGGUGGGGGCUGCUGGUACACAUUUUGUGACCACCGGUGGCCAGCUGCCAGUGGCCAAAUUACAGCAGAAUGUCGCCAACAAUGGAACUGGUAUGCAACAGGUUUGCGUGGCGAUGGGCGAGGGCGGCGUGCAGUACAUGCGCGCGCUGGAGGGCGGCGCGCUGCAGGCCGCGCCGCAGCUCAUCUCCGUGCCCAUCGCGCUGCCCGGCGCCAAGCCUGGUGACCCACAACCAACGGUGCAGAUCCAAGUGCUCAACCCCAAUAUACUGCAAGCGCAGCAGCAACCCAAGUACCAGAUGCAAAUACCCAUACAGGGAUUCCAACAAGGUGGUGCGGUGUUGACAGUCGCUUACUCUCCGGAGACGAACGAAACUGGGAGCAUACAGCUAGUCGGACAGGGAACUUUGGGAGACGGUACAUUCAGGCUGAGAUCAGGUCUGCAAGUAUUGGCGGCGUUACCACCAGAGAUGCAGCUGGUGCAACCAGCGCAGACACAAGACAACAAGGACCAUAUACAGCAGAAUAUGCAUCAGGUGUACAUAACGCCGAACAACCAGAUAAUAAUCAACGCGCCUGAGAGUAAGCCGCUGAACAACAACACGACUUCAGAUAACAACAACUCGGGACCCAUGGAUAUUAUCAUCAAGGAAGAGUGUGAUGAGACAACUAAUGACGAUGAGAGCUCGCAGGGCACGGAGGGCGGCGACACGUGGCAGAUGUGUCCGCAGCAGGACCUCGUCAAGUACCUCAACACCUUGCCGCCACAGCAAGCACAAGCGCUCCCGGUAUCUCUACAGCAGUUCCUGCGACUGAACCCCGCGGAAGCCAAGAAGUCUGACCCCGUGGUGGAGAUAGAAGUCGACAUGGACUCGCAGGUCAAGUCUGAAGAACCCGUCGCCGAGGCUGUGCUCAGCGAAGACGGAACCAUAAGAAUAGUAGGCAAGAAGAAGAAGAAAUACAAGAAGAAGCCGCCGAAGCCAGCUCGGCCGAAGCCAGGUCAGGUGGUCAUAGCCACCGCGCUGGACGGCUCGCCCAUCUUCUGCUGCCCCGAGUGUCAGAUGGCCUACCCCGAGAAGGAGCAACUCGAAAUACAUCUGAUCGCCCACAAGAUUGAGAGGCGGUUUAUAUGUGGGAUUUGUGGAGCUGGUCUGAAGCGCAAGGAGCACUUGGAGCGGCACAAGCUGGGCCACAACCCCGAGCGGCCCUACGUGUGCGGCGUGUGUCGCAAGGGCUUCAAGCGCCGCGAGCACCUCAACCUGCACACCGUCAUACACUCCGGCGUCAAGACAGAGAUGUGCACCGAGUGCGGGAAAGGUUUCUACCGCAAGGACCACCUGCGCAAGCACACCCGCUCUCACGAGAGCAAGCGCGCGCGGGACGAGGCCGCCGCCGACACGCCCGCUGUGCAGUCCAGUACAGCGAACACUACCAACAAUAUCAUGCCCGAGAUUACUAUACAUAUACCAACAAGUUCGAACUCCCAAAUGCCAGUUCAAAUCAACAUCCCGCAGCACGUGGUAUCAUCCUUAGCCGCCAGCCAGCAACAGCAACAGCAACAACAGCAACAACAACAGCAACAACAACAGCAACAACACGCAGAGAACACCCUGGACGCGUUGUUGGCGCAGCACUCGUGACGUCACAUGCCCGCGCAGGCGCCGCUGCAGCAACUGCUCACCCAACCCAUAGCGUAUCAUUAUGUCCUUUAACUGGUUUAUACUGGAUUUUGACGACCUCUAACAGACAAAAGAGUUAAUGAUAUCUGUGUAAUACUUGAACAUUUCACUAGACAGUGUAGUAGUGCGGUUAAUAUGAUACUUUCUAAAAGAUCUGGUCCAGUUC